GAUUGGAAUAUCUCUUCCAAGACCACUGUGCCGUCAUGCGGGGGCACUUGCCGAACUCGUCAUGGCCACGUCACCGACGACGGGGUGGUGAAACCGUGCCCUCAUUGGUUUGUUCCUGCUGCACUUUCAUGAUGCACGGCGAGUGCGAACAUGUGCUGUUUGUGCGAGCGCUGCUGGGGGAUCCCGUGGUCAACUUGAAGGCAGUGCCCGUCCUGCGAAAGCGGGGCCGCAAGAGAAAGCAGGGAUCCCUGGACAGCCUCGCGCAAACUGCGGCCAAGGCCACGAAGGUGCAGAAGGUGCUGAAAGCACCCAGGAAGAAGUAG